AUGGCAGAUGCCCCACCUCCUGUGGAGAGACUAUUAGGUGAUUACGGGGGAGCUAAUGCCCCGCUUGGAAGGAUGACAAUAGUAAAUCCACCAGUCAAUGUUGCCCACUUUCAGCUUCACCCCUCAACGAUACGACAACUUGAAAGGAGACCUUUCUCAGGAAAAAUUAACGAAGAUGCCAACAAGCAUUUGCAGAGGUUUCUUACUAUGACUACGUCGUUAAAGAUUGAGGGGCAUUCUGAGGAAGCUAAGAAGCUGGUCAUGUUUCCGUUUACACUGUCAGAAGAUGCUGAAGAGUGGUUCUACUCUUUACCUGCUGGAAGCAUCACAACUUGGCAACAGAUGGAGACAACUUUUCUCAACGAGUACUUUCCGGCUUCUAUAUACAUCCGAAAAAGGUACGACAUAGUGAAUUUUAAACAGAAAGAGGGAGAGUCACUUGGAGAUGCGUAUAAGAGACUAAGCAACUCAUUGACACAGCAGCUGGUGGCUCAACCAAUUUUACAACAGCCACUGGUAUUAAAAAGAUUAUCGAAAGCCAUUGCAGCCAAUGAGCACCUGGAGUUGUAUGACCGCAGUGUUAGUCAACCCGAAGGGAUAAUUGACCUGAAAUUGGCAAGCCAAGUGGUGAAGAUGGAAGAUCAAAUAGCAGCUGAAGUAGAAAGGAGACUGAAGAAGAUGGCUAUUGAUACCCAAACUGUUGCACAGGUUCAACAGGUUCAACCAACUCAAACUAGUAAUUGCGAAAUUUGUGGAGGACCUCAUCUUACCGCACAUUGCGUUGCAACCGCACAACAAAUUGAGGAGAUCAAGUUUCUUAGGCAGAACAACCCUUAUUCAAAUACAUACAAUCCGGGUUGGAAAAACCAUCCAAAUUUCUCAUGGAAGGAUCAACAAGGAAAUGUACCAAGAAAAGCUGAUUGGGAGCUUUCCAUUGAGAAGAUGGCCGCUCAAAGCUCUAAAUUUCAAGAAGAGACUUGGAGUAAUUUAAAGAACACAGGUGCUUCAAUUAAGAAUCUUGAAGUACAAAUGAGUCAGAUAGCCCAACAACUAGCGGGUUCUCAACAACAGGGAGUUUUACCAAGUUCUACGGUUGCUAAUCCAAGAGAAAAUAAUCAUGUGAAUGCGGUGACCACAAGGAAUGGUAAGUCGAAAGAAAUACCUGAGAAGAGUUCUGAAGAAGAAGAUUUAUUGCUUGAAGUUGAUCUAAAGAUAAAAGAAAAUGAGGUUGCAAAUGAAGAGGUCACUCAUGAUGAAAGAGUGGUCAAAGAUAAAGUGAUUCAUCCAAAACCUGCCGUCAAACUGCCAUUCCCAACAAGAAAUAAGAAGAAAGGGCAGCAUGAGAAAAACUUUGAGAAGUUCUUGGAAAUGUUUAAAAAGCUUGAGCUAAACAUUCUUUUCUUGGAGGCGCUUGAGCAAAUGCCUACCUACGCAAAGUUCAUGAAAGACAUCAUCUCGAAGAAGCGGACCAUAGAGACUAACCCGAUUAUUCUAACAGAAACUUGUAGUGCCAUUUUGCAGGGUAUGAAGGUUCCGGUGAAAAAAAAAAAGAUCGCGGUUCUCUGA